GUCAGCAUCAACAUCCACCUCCCCUUCACCUCCCCCCCACCACAAAAGACGCCAAUAUGACGUCCAUGGCUGCCGCGAUUGCGGCCUCGCUUCCGGCGCAGGUUGCGCCGACACCCGCCCCCGCCCCCGCCCCGGCCAAGGUUCCCGCGCGCAUGGAGGGCUUCCUUGACGUUGAGGCUGCGCGCGAGGUCGAGAGCGUCAAGCUCAACUCGCUUGCCUUCCUCAAGAUCUCGAAGCACUCGACGGACACGCUGCCGCAGCCCCCUGCGCACUCGUUCCAGCAGGACAGGCAGGCGCCUCCUCACACCAAUCUCUCGUCGCACCCCGACGCGAUGGGCAUCCUGCUUGGUCUUGAUCUUGACGGUGUCAUGGAGGUUGAGGACUGCUUCGCGCUCCCCGGCGGCGAGACCAGCCUCGGUGCUGCCUCUUACUCCACUCGUCUGCUCAACCACCUCCGCGAGGUGCAGACUCCCGACUCGCCUGUCGGUGUUUACCUGUCGACGCACAACGGCGGCUUCAUCACGCGUGGUGCCGUUGACCUUCUCGUGGCCGUGGAAAAGGCCGCCGGGCGCGGCAAGGCCAUCCUUGUCAUCCACGACGCGUCCAAGGCUGCCACGUCCGGUGACCUCAGCGUCAAGGCGUACAAGCUGAGCGAGGGCGCCCGCGCUGCUGCCAAGGACGGCAAGUGGGACGCAAGUGCGCUCCAGGAGAACAAGAUCACCGCCUCCACCAUGCUCACCUUCCUCCCCGUGACGAUCACGAGCUCGUCGCUCGUGUCCGCGUUCCUCGCGACCCUCACAACCCCCGCGACCGAGACCCGCCCGACUCUCGCUGCCCCCGCCGUUCCCCUCCCGCCCACGUUCGCCCCCCUCGUCAACCCCCUGCCAACCACCCUCCCCGGCAACUUGAGCAACACGCUCGACGGUCUCCAGCUCUACUCGCACGAGGCCAACAACCUCGCGUUCAUGAACCGCCAGCUGCAGCGUGAGAAGGCCAAGCACGAGAGCAUGGUCAAAGACCGCGAGGAGGAGAACGCGCGCCGCCGCAAGGCCGGCCAGGCCGAGCUCCCAAUCAUCUCGUCUGAGUUCCGCUCCGCCACCAAGGAGCACUCGCGGUUGGAGAUGCUGUGCCUCCAGGGCCAGGUCGACGGGCUCGCCAAGAGCAUGGGCGCCGAGGCUGGCAAGGGCCUGGUGAGGUGUUACCUGUAGACUGCAUGUAGAUGCAUAGUGGCUGUUGUUUCGUACCGCCGGAGAGCAGCGUGGAUGGAUCAGAUGGCC